AUGGCCACCUCCAGCGACCCGCGGCACCCGGCCGGGAACGUGGCAGACGGAAAUUCCGAAACGUUCUGGACGACAACAGGGAUGUUCCCACAGGAGUUCAUCAUUGGCUUUCCCAGACGCGUGACCGUCAGCAAAGUGGCGAUCCAGUGCUACCUGGUGCGGACCUUAAGGAUUGAAAGAAGCGUAUCUAAAGACCCAGUAGAUUUUGAAGAGUGCAUUGAAAAAGAUUUGCAACACACAGAAGGACAGCUUCAAACGGAAGAAUUUCCACUUCCUGAUUUCCAGGCCACUUAUUUGCGAUUCAUCAUCAAAUCUGCCUUUGAUCAUUUUGUAUCAGUGCACAGGGUGAUGGCAGAGGGCACAGCAGAAGACACCUAAGUCUGGUUUAAAUUUGUACCUCAUCUUUUUGGUUUUAUAUUUUGAUAUCUCUAUCACAGGAAAUAUUUAUUACAAGCUAGUAUUAAAGUGUUUUUGAAGAUACAGAUGCAGUAUGUGUUAACCAUCAGUUUAUUGUACAGAACACAGUACUCAUUAAUUGUAAUAGCAGAUUUUAUAACCUAAAGAGUUAAAAACACUUGAACGUAGCCAGGUCCGUUUAAAUAAUUGUGUUUAGCUCAGGCUUUCUUAAUACAUGAAUUGAAACUCAGUUUUCUGUGAGAUGUUUCCCUUGCAUUCUGAGUAGAAAAGGUGUGAAAUACUUAAAUGUCAAAGAAGCUCUUCAAAAGUUUUUAAAUUGGAAAUUUUCUCAUCAACUAAAACUUUAAUAGGAUGAAUGGAAGCUACUAAUGCUUGUAAAUAACCAGAAGGAAAAAAACAAGCAACAACCAUGGCGGUCUGAAAGGUUUGUUUGUUUAUUUGUUUGAAUAAUUGAGAUCAAUCCUUUGUUUCUAAAAAUAUUUUAUAAAAUCAGGUCACAGCUGUCUGUGCUUUUUGCUGUGACUGUCAUAACAAAUAUUAUAGAAACAAAUGUCAAGAGAUUGUCUCAUUCAGAAGCCUUCUAAAGUGAGUGAAACUGAAUGUUUAGAAAAAUGGUAUGUAUACAAGAGAGAGAGAAACUUAAAAACGUGCAAUCAGUUGUUUUGCAUGAAAUUGGCUCUUGCAAAUGGCACCACCCCUACAGUUUAUCCUGCACCGUAGGAAUGUAGAUGUUGGUAUCCAGUCACAACAGCUCAACGGAUUCCAAUGGCAUUCAUUACUGCACGUGGUGCAGCGCAGAAAGAUCGAUGUAAGCACAACAGCUGAGGUGGCUGUGAUAGACCUGAACAUCUCCAGACACACGAAUGAUGAACCACAUUAUGGAUGGUCUUCAAAUGCACUACGUUAUUCUCCUUCUAGUCGUUUCUAGCAUUUUGAGAUUUUGGUUUUUUAACUCUUAGGUCUAUGAAAACUUAUCCAUUGAGCUUUUAUAUCCAGAUAGUCUUUACUCUGAUGUCCUCUUCUUUUUCUAUUUCAGUUUUUCCAGGACAGUGCGUAUUUCCUGGGGGUGGUAAUUCCAAGGCCCCACUCCUCCCUGCAAAGGCAAUAAAGUUAUACAGUGAAGCUCAAAUACACGGAGCAGAAGUCUUUACAGCACAGUGCUUAAAUCAGAACGGUGGGUGGGUGUGCUUGGGCUUCCUUUGCUUGGCAGCCGUUGCGCAGGAGAUGGUGUGUGCACAAGUCACACCCUGCUGUGUAACUGGGACAGUGCCCAUGUCUGGCUCCUGGAGCUGGGGAGUGUGCCUGGAUCUUGCAUUUAGAUGCAGCUAGGUUUUUUAAUAAGCCACAAAAUAAAUAUUUGAGCAGGACUGAGGUGUACAUCAAAUAUGUACAUUGUGAAGGCCCAGACUGGUUUUGCUGCAAGUCCUCUUUUUUCCCUACGGUUACAGUGAAUUGUGAAACGACUGGCUAUGAAACAGAGUGAAAUACUGACUGUUGAAUAAAAUGUAAGACAUUGUUAUUUUAA